CGUCCCCCUCGCAUGGGGAAGCAGGCUCGGACCGGCCCGCAGAGCUGCAGCAGCCCUUUGCGCCCUGCUUGCCCUCCCCACCGACAUCAUGCUCCAAUUCCUGCUUGGAUUUACAUUGGGCGACGUGGUUGGAAUGUAUCUGGCUCAGAACUAUGACAUACCAAACGUGGCUAAAAAACUUGAAGAAAUUAAAAAGGACUUGGAUGCCAAGAAGAAACCCACUACUUCAUGAGAAUGCCUCCAGCACUGCCUUCGGGAUACACUGAUUCUACUGCUCUUGAGGGCCUCCUUUACCAUCUGAACCAAAAGAUUUUGUUUUCGUCUCCGGGCUCUGGGCUCUUCUUUGCUAGAU